CAGCGGGACUUGUCCGGCCCUGCAAGCGCAUGGAAAUCUGGAGCCGCCCUCAGCUGCCAGCUGCUUCGGGGGCUAAGAAGGGACAGCUUCCCGAGGAACUUAUCCAUCUGGGUUUCUGUUGGCUAGAGAUUUACUACAUCCAUCCUUGGAAGAGGAGAAGAAAAAACAUAAAAAGAAACGACUAGUUCAAAGUCCAAAUUCUUAUUUUAUGGAUGUAAAAUGUCCAGGUUGCUACAAGAUCACCACGGUUUUCAGCCACGCUCAGACAGUGGUUCUUUGUGUGGGUUGCUCAACAGUGCUGUGCCAGCCGACAGGAGGAAAGGCUAGACUCACAGAAGGGUGUUCAUUUAGAAGAAAGCAACACUAAAGAUCCACACAGCUUCCUGAAUUUGUGUUAUAUCACAGAAAGCCUUAUCAGUUCAGUAAUUCUAGUUAAUCUACCAAGAUAAUGUAAUUACAUUUAAUUUUGUAAGUAUACAACAAUUAUUUCCUAUUUUGGUGUCAGCUUUUCAAUAAAGAUAAAGUUUUGAUUAUGGGAAAA